GGGGAGGGCAGGGGAAGGGGGUGAGGGGAUAAACAGGGUCAACAUUAUGGCUGCAGCCGACGAAGAUGAUUAUUUUGUCGAAGAUGAGGAUGCUAUCAAAUUCAUAACGUUUCCAGACGAAGUGGAGAAGGCCAUUGAACAGGUCUUACCUAGUACUGAUCCCCUAGACCAGCCAGACUUCAAUGAAGUGGAUUAUAUCAACUCACUUUUCCCGACAGAACAGUCCCUGUCUAGCAUUGAUGAAGUAGUUAAUAACAUGCAAAUGAAAAUUCAAUCUAUUGACGAUGAAAUUCGCUCUGUUGUUCGUGGUCAGAGCAAUGUGGGACAGGAUGGGCGCACUGCCUUGGAAGACGCUCAGCGGGUCAUACGACAACUAUUUGUGCACAUUAAAGAUAUAAAAUGGAAAGCAGAGCAGUCAGAAGAAGUGGUUCGGGAAAUUACACGAGACAUUAAACAACUUGAUACAGCUAAAAGGAAUCUAACAGCUGCCAUUACAACUUUGAAUCACUUGCAUAUGUUGACAGGUGGUGUUGAUUCUCUUCAAACACUGACGGAAAAGCGACAAUAUGGUGACAUUGUUAUGCCCCUUCAAGGCAUCAUGAAUGUAAUGGAACAUUUCAACAAUUAUAUGGAUAUUCCACAGAUUCGAGAUCUUGCUGAUAGGGUUAAACAAAUUCAAGUUCAGCUGGCUCAGCAAAUAACAAUUGACUUUCAUGAUGCCUUCUCUGGCCCUAAUGCAAAACAUUCUGCUCCCAGUCGGCAGCUUGCUGAUGCCUGUCGUAUUGUGUCUAUUCUGGAUCCUAAAGUAAAGCGGGAGCUUCUGAGAUGGUUUAUUAGUCUGCAACUGAAUGAAUACCAGCAUCUAUUCCAAGAAAAUCAAGAUACAGCUUGGUUAGAUAAAAUCGAUAAACGUUAUGCAUGGCUGAAACGACAUCUUUUGGAAUUAGAGGAGCGUCUAGGCAAUAUGUUUCCUGCCAGUUGGGAGGUUUCUGAGAGGAUAACAGUUGAGUUCUGUAACAUUACAAAGACUGAACUAUCUAAAUUGAUGGCAAAACGUACUUCUGAAUUGGAUGUGAAAUUACUUCUAUAUGCUAUUCAGAGAACAGCAAAUUUUGAAAGCCUCUUGACCAGAAGAUUCACUGGUGUUACACUGCAAGAAAACUGUGAUGCUCCUCAGCCAACAUCAACUCCCCAGGUCCCCACUAACACAAAUCCUUUUGAGGAAGGCUCUGAUUCUACAAAUCCAUUCGAAGCAGAUUCAGGGGAAGAAUCCAAGAACGAGCAGAAACCAAAACCAUCACCCUUCCAUGGUUUGAUUGGAGGCUGCUUUGACGCAUAUCUCUACAUUUAUAUUGAAAGCUUGGAUAGAAAUCUAGCUGACUUACUGGAACGCUUUGUUCAAGAUUUGAAAGCAUCACAAGCUUUGCAGCGCCCAUCACCCGCAGCUAAUGUACCCCCAGCCGUGGAAACUGAUAGUGGCUCAGGUGGUGCUGCAGUACUUCCUUCAUGCGCUGACCUCUUUGUAUUUUAUCGAAAAUGUUUGGUUCAGUGCACUCAACUGAGCACUGGUCAGCCAAUGCUGGGUCUUGCUCGCACAUUCCAAAAGUACUUGAGAGAAUAUGCACUAAGAAUAUUACAAAACAGCCUACCAAAGGUUGGAGGGACUGCUGCCUCUUUAGGGAGUAUUACUAGAGAUCUUUCUACUGUGAGCAUUAUACAGAAUCUACAGACAUUCCAAAGCCUUUUGAAGGAAGGUGAUGUAUCAAGAUACUCUCCCGAAGAACAAGCUCGUGUUUGCUGUAUUCUUACCACAGCUGAAUAUUGUUUGGAGACAACCCAGCAAUUGGAAGAGAAACUUAAGGAGAAGGUAGACCCUGAACUUGCUGACAAAAUAAACCUUAGUCAAGAACAAGACAUUUUCCAUAAUGUCAUCUCUAACUGCAUCCAACUACUUGUGCAAGAUUUAGAGCUGUCAUGUGAACCAGCCUUAACAGCAAUGAGCAAGAUUCAAUGGAGCAAUAUUGAAACAGUUGGAGAUCAGAGCAGUUAUAUUACUGCCAUAACAUCCCAUCUCAAACAGACUGUCCCAGUCGUCAGAAAUGAACUUGUUUCUUCUCGAAAAUAUUUCACACAGUUUUGUGUUAAAUUUGCUAAUUCUUUUAUCCCCAAGUUUAUCCAGCAUCUUUACAAAUGCCGUCCACUAAGCACUGCAGGAGCUGAACAGCUUCUUUUGGAUUCACACAUACUGAAAAACGUUUUACUAGAUCUACCAUCAAUAGGCUCUCAAGUGAAUCGCAAAGCUCCAGCAAGCUAUACAAAAGUUGUAGUGAAGGGAAUGACAAAAGCAGAAAUGGUUCUGAAAGUAGUGAUGUCAGCAAAUGAAAAUGUUCGCACAUUUGUUGAACAGUUUAGAAAGCUCCUUGCUGACUCUGAUUUACAAGAUUUGCAAAGAGUGCUUGAAAUGAAGGGAAUACGUGGGAAGGAUCAAAGCCAUUAUAUUGAAAUGUUCCGCAAUUUAUCUGCAGCAUCUAGUCGAAAUGCAAAUGUCACUUGAAGGAUUUCCCAAACUUGGGAAAAUAUUUUAAAUGUAAUAUCCAAAUAAUAUGCAAGUGUUUUCUUUAACGGAUAUUUUAUAUGAAUGAAAUGGAUGUGUUAAUAUAUGCCUGAAGAAACUUUAAAUUUCAUAUCUGUUUGUCAUUUAAUAAACUGUGAUUUCUGACUUCCACAUUAUAUAGUAUGAGGUAAGAGGGAGCCUAGAUCUGAACACAAAUGCCUAUGUUGAGUCUCUUGAAAUUGAUGGGAGUAACUUGUUUUGUCAUAAGCGGUGUGUACUUAGUUGCUCUAAAUUUUUAAAGUAGGGAAAUGAGGUUUUACUCACUUUUUUUUCCCACAAUGGUUUGUUAUGCAAUCUGUGAUAAACAACUUGAUCAAUCAACCAUACAACCUCUCUCUUUGCAUCAUGCAGAGCUCUGCAUUAGAAACAAUAAGUAAAACAAUGUCUGAGUUGUCUUAGUGGUGGACUGAUCAGGAUUGAUAAUUUGCAAAGCAAUCCUUUGGUGCCUUGAAUGUUUGUCCUACCUAUAGGUUCCAUGUUAUACAAUAAGUCUGAUCAUUUAAUUGAAAGAAUAGGGAGAGCUUUGUUUGACAACAACUUUAAUAUGAAAAGGUACUAAAGCUUACAAAAUCUUACAGAGCAAAAAAAGCAAUGGAAGAAAGUAAACACAAUACAAAUAUU